AUGUCCUCAACCUACUUCCACCCCCGGCUGUGCGCAAACAGCACCAAUGGCGUGCAAUGCACCCAAUCCGCCGACCGCUUCGCAUGUGCCAAAUGCCGACUCGUCCAGUACUGCUCCAAGGCCUGCCAGGCAGCACACUGGCCUACUCACAAGAAGCAGACUUGCAAUCACGAGCUUAUGAGUAAGGAAUGGCUGCCAAACUACGCCAAGGAGCAACGUUUGCCCAAGUUCGCAGAUGGGUCGGAGAGCGGUUUGGAUAUCUUCGGCCCGCUCAAGUAUCUCUGGGGCCAGGAGCCGGCUCUCGAUUUGAUCAAUCUAGCUCAGAACGAAGGCCUGGAGGAUCUGUCACGCAACGUGGACGUUUUGUGCGCUGCGUCUGGCGACUCUCGUCAUGUCUUUAAGACUAUUGCCAAUCUUCCCGAGAAACACACUGGCAAGUGUACCAUUGUGUCCAACGACAUCGACCUGGACAUUGUAGCGAGGACCGCUAUUUUCCUUCUCAUCGCUGGCUACAUGGAGCAAGAAGAAGCUGUACCCGCCAUCAUCCACCUCUGGUACUCCGCGCUCAUCCCCUCUUCCAUGCUAUCCAGAGUCUGCGAGAAGAUCCUCCCGCUAGUCGAAGAUGUCUGCACCAAGAUCGCGGCCAAAGCUCCCCACUCCCCUCUUGGCAAGACGUUCAAACUCGACUCUGGAUCAUCCAUCCGCAUCGUCCUGACAAAGGAACAAUGGUUCAAGCUACGGCAGUACCUCUUCCUCCCCACCGGCGUCACUCGAACCUUCGCAAAGGAAGGCCGAGCUCUCCAAAUCAAUAACCCGCGACGCAUCGACUACAAGCAGAACCACUGGUACUACAAGUCCCCCGCAUUCCGCACCUGCAUUGCCAAGUUCCUCAACGACGACAUCUUACUGCCCUUCGGCACGUCGCGACAGCAGUUCGAUACGCCGAACCCGACGUUCCAUCAGCGCCCGGACAUGUGGCCGUUUCGCGACGAUGCGGGCCCCUUCUAUGGAUGGAGCCACGAGGACGUUAUGCAAGGGAAGCAGGUAGCAGCUGAAGACGUACUGGGCGCGCAAUUCUUCAUGCUGCGGUCGCUGCUGUCCAAGGUCUGCGGUCGCAUCCGCGCCUCCGAUGUUCACUUCAAGCUGUCGUGUCUGGAUGCGCGGGACCUGCCUGGGAGGUUGAAGCAGUGGGGGGAAACGCAGGAGUUUGACCGGAUCGAGGUCUCCAACCUGUGUGAUCGCGCCUACUGUGGCCCAGCGGCUAUCAUCAACCUCUUCUCUCCGCUGCUCAAACCUUUGCCUAUCAACCCGCAUGCAACGCUCCUCCUCUUCUUCUCAGGCGCUAAUAAGGAGAUGCAAUUGUCCCUUACCGACCCCGAGAAAGCCCACGAGUGGUACGCCGCAAAUAAACGCACUGCGUGCUACCUCGCUGUCCCGAACCCUUACACCAUACCGCAGUGGCAUCCAGAUGGUUUCCGUUUCCACCAGUGCGCCGGCAGUGUCAUGUUCGAUUGGGACAAGAUGUGGGAGAAGUUCCAGGUGGUAGUGGGAUUGAGGGGGUUGGUUCUGGACGCUGGGCUGAAGAUAAGGAGGGAGGAUGAGCAUGGUGUGGCGAGGGCGUGGCCUAAGAGGAUGAGGGAUAUGACGAAAGAGGAGUUUAAUUUGAGGUUGGGGAGGGAUGCUACUUGUUUCGAGCGGUAUGUGGAGCUUAUUAGGACUGGAUAG